AUGGCGGCCGCGGGGCCGCUCCGGGGCCGCUCCGGGCCCCGCUCGGGCCGCCCGGUCCCGCUCCCCGCGCAGGAAGCGGAAGUGCCCGGGGCUCGCUCUGCGCAUGCGCAAUCGGGGCCGCUCCCGGCGGGGCCCCGAGACGCGCACACACAAACCCCGGCGGCGGCGCCGCGCCCGCUGCCCGCCCGCCUGUGCCGCCGGGGGUGUCCCCGUGGGGCUGAGCGGGUCCGCCCGGCGCUGCCGCCCGCGCUCCCGGUGCCGUCGCCUCCCGGUGGGAGCGGGGCUGAGGCACAGCGGGCACACGCCCCGCGGCUCCGUGCCCGGAGCCCCGACAGUUGCCGAGUCACCGCCGGGCGGGGCCGCCGCGGGCGGGGCGGGGCCGGGCGGGGCGAGCGCCGCAGCGGGACCAGUCGGCAGCUCCUGCAUCCCGGCCGCGAGAGCAUCCUCCGCACCGGGCCCCGCACCCCCGCGGCCCCGGCCUCGGCGGGGCCAUGGCCGAGAUCACCAGUGUCCACCCCGGCUUCGGUGAGUGCGGCCGGGCCGCGGCGGCCCCGGCUGCGGCUCGUCCGCCCCGGCGGAGCACCCCGAGAGGAGCCCCCGGGGCCGGGCCGUGCGCGGCGCCUUCGGCCCGUUCCCGCCGGCCCGGGGCCUCCGCACCCGACAGCCGCGGCCCCUCAGCAUCCCCCGGGCCCCUCAGCAUCCCCCGGGCCCCGCUCCCGCAGCAUCCCGCGGCCCCUCCGCCCCCGCGGGCCGGGCGAUGCCGCUCCCCCCGCGGCCGCCGCCGCUCGCCGCCCGCUGCUGGGGCGGUGCCAGCGCUCGGCCGCGGCAGCGGGGCCGGUGCCGGCGCUCGGUGUCGGAGCGGGGGCCGGUGAUGUGUCUCCCGUGGUGGCAGGACUCAUUGGAGCCACUGUCCUGGUGGUUUCUGUCUCAGUCACAGUCUUUGUGUGGACAUGCUGUCACCAGCAGGCAGAAAAGAAGCACAAAACCCCCCCGUACAAAUUCAUUCACAUGCUGAAAGGCAUCAGCAUCUACCCGGAGACCUUGAGCAACAAGAAGAAAAUCAACCGGAUCCGGAGAGACAAGAACGGCACGGCCAGGGAGGGGGGCAGGGGCAACCUCCUGGUGGAUGCAGCUGAAUCUGGGCUGGUGGGCCCUGACAAGGCUCUGGAUGGACCCCCCCACGUCGACCAGCUCCCCAUCAAAGUAGAUUAUGGAGAUGAACUCAGCCCAGAUCAAAGCCUCACUCCAGGAGGGAGUAAAACCUCCUCCCCCUCCUCCCCGGGUGAUGAUGUCAUGCUGGGAGACCUGACUUUCUCAGUGGACUACAACUUCCCCAAAAAGGCACUGGUGGUCACCAUCCAGGAGGCCCACGGGCUGCCCGUGAUGGAUGAGCACACCCAGAGCUCUGACCCCUACAUCAAGAUGACAAUUCUGCCCGACAAGAGGCACCGUGUCAAGACCCGAGUGCUCCGCAAGACCCUGGAGCCGGUGUUUGACGAGACCUUCACCUUCUAUGGCAUCCCCUACAGCCAGCUGCAGGACCUGGUGCUGCACUUCCUGGUGCUCAGCUUCGACCGCUUCUCCCGGGAUGAUGUCAUCGGCGAGGUGAUGGUGCCCCUCGCAGGGGUGGAUCCCAGCACUGGCAAGGUGCAGCUCACCAGGGAGAUCCUCAAAAGGAACAUCCAGAAAUGCAUCAGCAGAGGGGAGCUGCAGGUGUCCCUGUCCUACCAGCCCGUGGCACAGAGGAUGACUGUGGUGGUGCUGAAAGCCAGGCAUUUGCCAAAGAUGGACAUCACUGGCCUCUCAGACCCCUACGUCAAGGUGAACGUUUACUACGGGCGCAAACGCAUCGCCAAGAAGAAAACUCACGUCAAGAAGUGCACUUUGAACCCCAUCUUCAACGAGUCCUUCAUCUACGACAUCCCCGCGGAUCUGCUGCCCGACAUCAGCAUCGAGUUCCUGGUCAUCGAUUUCGACCGCACCACCAAGAACGAGGUCGUGGGGCGGCUGAUCCUGGGCGCUCACAGCGGCAGCGCCGCCGGCGCCGAGCACUGGCGCCAGGUCUGCGACAGCCCCAGGAAAGCCGUGGCCAAAUGGCACAGCCUGAGCGAGUACUGAGCACCGAGGACACACCCCAGCUUUGUUUUAGCUGUAGGACUAAACUACUUUUCGUUGAGAAGCAGCAGCUGAUUGGUGAUCUCUUAGUGAUGUGGUUUUUGCAGGGCACU